CUUAAAUUCCGGUAACUAUUCAAUUAAACUUUUCCAAUUGCCUUCCCGUAGUGUUGAACCCUAAUUUUGUUCAAGAAACAGUCCCGUAGAUUUGGGAGUACUUUCUUGGUUUCAAAAUUGAAUUGGGUUCGUUAAACGAGCUUAUGGUUUUCUUAAGUUGUGUUAAAAAUCAGAGGGGAGAUUGGUUUAUUGAGGUGGAAUUUCACAAAAGGGCUUGUUUUGGUUGGUAAUUUGUUGAAUGUUGGAUGGGGAUUUGCUUUGGUGGGCCGCUAAAUUUUCUAGAUUCAAUCGAAGAAUAUGGAAGAAAGAGUAAAUGUGAAAUGGGCUACUGAGUUUCCUAUGAUUCUACGUUCUUGUUUUUAACUUCUUUUGGUUUUGUUGUAUUGUUUUGCAGCCGAGGCAUUUGAAAUAUUUCUGGGCGGGAGAGUACAAGAAGCAAAGAUUCAGGUUCUAUGAUAAGGGUGAAGUGCAUUUGGGAAGAGAUUCAGGACUAGGCGGGUUUAUUCUAAAUGAUUGUUUCUCAGCUUACCAAAUUACUUGCAUUGAAGAAUAACAGUUCUUUUGAAUUGAUGGCAUUUGAAAAAUCUUGCAAGAGUCAUGGAGCCUAAAUUUUGAAUGAAGGUGCCUGAAUUAGAAUCUAAUUGUACUCGUUUAGUUGCUUUAUGCGAAUUAACUUGAAAUCAUGUUGAAAGUAAAUAUCAGAUAUGUCCAGAAAGAAAUGGAUUUAGAUGAAUAUGAGUAGAAAUAUAGUAAAUGUCAAUAAAGUCCGGGGAUAUAGUGCUAAUGGGAAUGGAAAGUCAUUCGGGUUUUAGAACACUAACAGCCACUCGAUAAGUGCUUUGGAAUCAGCACCUCUUGGUUUUGUGUUUUUUCGUGAACCUGUACCUCUUUUUCACGUGAACCUCGUGCUAUGAUCAGGUUAAGAUCCUGUGCUUUUCUUUUUUUCAAUAAAUGUCAUGAUUGAUUCCACGUUAUCAAAGGUGCAAUAAUCUGGCUCUUGUAGAAUAGACAUCAUUUCAUAGGCCAUUAUUGUGUGGGUCAUGGUGGAUAUCUAAGCAAGCACAAGGCCUGAGUUACAAUGUAUCUUAUUUCCCUGAAAGUACCAGAAAAGUAAACUUAAAAAUCUUGUCUUUUCUGGUUUGAAUGUUGCUAUAUUUUUCUCUGGAAAGUUUUUACGAUGUGAUUUUAUCUCACAAUUUGAAAAGGAAAAGAAACAAGCAUUCAUUUAUACAUGUUCCGGCUGAGCUCAAAUGGGCUUGAACGAGAAUGAAAUGAUUCAUUGAUCUGAAUACUGCCCAUAAUUCAUCAUCAACUUCUUGGCUGGAAUAAUUUAUGCUGUUAUAUGAUCAGAGUUCUGGUCCUUAAUGCUGUAUUUUGUUUUUCUGGCUCACCUAUGUUUUGGCUAAUUUAAAUUGUUAUUUUAAUGUAGGAGAUGGACAUCUAGUAUUUCUCCAGCAAAUCUCAUUGGCACUAUGCCAUCAAUGAAGAAGAAUAAUGAAGGUGUUGUUAUGGAGGGCCUAUUCAGUCAGUUGCUGAAGGGAAUUGGAGAUCCAGUUGACUUUGAACUUCCAGAAUAUUUGACUAAGUGUAAACCGAUCACUUACAAGUUGAUUAAGCGCAAUAUAUAUCUCACGAAGAAGAAUAAAAGGCGUCCAGAGGAUGAUGGGAUAUUUUGUUUCUGUAAAUCAUCGACUGGAUCUUCUGGUGUCUGUGAUAAAGAUUGCCUUUGUGGCAUGCUACAGUCUAGCUGCUCCUCAAACUGCCAAUGCGGGCCUUUGUGCUUAAAUAAGCCAUUCCAUGAGAGACCUGUGAAGAAGAUGAAAAUAGUGCAGACUGAGAAAUGUGGAUCAGGAAUUGUGGCGGAUGAAGAUAUUAAGCAAGGAGAGUUUGUUAUUGAAUAUGUUGGAGAAGUUAUAGAUGAUAAAGAAUGUGAAGAGAGGCUUUGGAAGAUGAAGCACAGCGGAGAACAAAAUUUUUACUUGUGUGAAAUCAACCGAGAUAUGGUAAUUGAUGCUACUUAUAAGGGAAAUGAGUCCAGAUACAUCAACCAUAGUUGUUGUCCGAAUACAGAGAUGCAGAAAUGGAGGAUUGACAAUGAAACCAGAAUUGGUAUAUUUGCAACUCGGAAUAUCAAAAAGGGCGAACAUCUGACCUAUGACUAUCAGUUUGUUCAGUUUGGUGCAGAUCAAAAUUGCUAUUGUGGUGCUGCAGGCUGCAGGCAAAAGCUGGGGGUCAAACCUAACAAGACUAGAACAACAUCUUCUGACACAUUGGAAAUGUUAACCAGCCACGUUGCGCUGAACUCUCCCAAAGUGAAAGCCUUUCUCUCUACAAAAGAUGGCUAUGCAAAUGGAGUUUCUUCAGCUGGUGUCAGGUGUAAUUCCGCUGGAAGGAAGCGCCCUCGGAAUUGCAUUGGUUCAAUAGUUAUUAUAACUCGCUCUCAGGAUAAGAGGUACUUUGGAAUUGUAAAGCAGUUUGAGAAAUCCACUAAUAGACACUUGAUCUUGUUUGAGGAUGGGACCUGGGACCUCCUGGAUAUGUCAAAAGAAGAUUGGGAACUUUUGUAGUUUUCUAGGAUAAAUGUGAGGUAUUUGUAACCAGAGAUAGUAGAUGAUAUACGCGGAAAUCCAAACUAACUGUAUGAGGAUAUAGAUAGGACUUAGAUGUACAUUGUGGACUUGCUUGCCAAGCAAGUUAAUGUACCAUAUGUAUCUUUCCUCUCUUCCCAAUUACCAUUUAGUCAGCACAAGUUUGUUUGACUCAAUUUUCCAUGAUAUUCUUUAGUUUUAGCUACCUCCCUUGUGUAAUUCUUUCCUGCACGAGAAUGCAAAGUUGUAUCAUAAGCUAGAAGUAUGUGUAAUACAUUUUCCUGCUGGACAGGAAACUGAUUUCAUUGUAGAUUUGGCUUCCGAAUAAUAUGAAAUUUGUAUGCAUUAAUGCCACAAUUUUCUUCAAUUUU